CCGUGUGUGGGGAGGUUUGAUAGAACAGACGCCAAAGACCCACUUUCUCAGAGAAAGAAAGAACAUCUGCAAAUAAGAUGCUGCUGUUGCAACUGAUGUUGCUCACGGUUCCUGUCCCAGGUGGUGGCAGCGACGAUGACUUCCCGGAGCUAAGGUCCUUUCGGAUCAUCUUGACAAUGUCUAUUUACAACCGUUCCUGGACUCAGAAUCAGGGCUCAGCUUGGCUGGACGAGCUGCAGACUCAUAAAUGGGACAGCAAGAAAGGCGUCUUCGUGAACACGCAGCCUUGGUCCAAGGGCAACUUCAGCAAGAAGGAGCUGAUGGAACAGGAAAGGGGAAUACAGGCAGCAUCUAUUAGAAUUCCUAUGAUAUUUCAGGACCACAUGAGUCAAUGGCAGCUUGAAUAUCCCAUUCAGGUACAGAUGGCCAAAGGCUGUGAGCUGCGCUCUGGAGAGAAACCAGUAGGAUUUAAGUGGAUUGCCUAUCAAGGAUCAGAUCUCAUGAGUUUCCAGAACAUGUCAUGGAUACCACCUCCACAGGGAGGAAGGAGGGCUCAGGAGGUCUGCAAACUGUUCAACCAGUUCCAUGAGGUCAAUUUAAGAAUACAAACACAUAUUAAUGACCUCUGUCCCCGUUUCCUCUUGGAGCUUCUUGAUGCAGGGAAGGCAUAUCUGCAGCGACAAGUGAGGCCAGAGGCGUGGCUGUCCCGUGGCCCCAGUCCUGGUCCUGGCCGUCUGCUGCUGGUGUGCCACGUGUCUGGUUUCCACCCAAAGCCAGUGUGGGUGAUGUGGAUGCGGGGUGAGCAGGAGCAGCCAGGCACCCAGAGAGGUGACAUCCUGCCCCAUGCAGACGGGACAUGGUAUCAUCAGGUCUCCUUGGAUGUGGAAGCCAGGGAGGCAGCUGGCCUGUCUUGCCGAGUGAGACACAGCAGUCUAGGAGGCCAGGACAUGGUCCUCUACUGGGAGCAGCACCGCCCCGUGGUCUGGGUCUUCCUGGCAUUGAUGGUGCCCCUGGUGCUUCUGGCGGGUCUUGCGUUCUGGCUCUGGAAGCGCUGGAAAUCACCCUGGAGACCUCAGUGCAUUGGCCUCCCUUUGGAGAGAGAUCCCAGCAGCCCAGGAUCAGGACACUCCUAAGCCCAUCUCAAUGGUGAUGGACUUGCACUUCCCCGUGUGCAUUCUCUGUGUUCCCCUUUUGCUCAGUGACCUGUUGUCGAUCUAAGCUGAGUGUCAUUUGGGAGGAAUUCUUGUUCCAAUCUGAUUCUGAGACUGAAAUCUCAAAAUUAUCUUAGAGUAAAAUGAAGUCUGAGACUCUCCAAAGGUCACAGGCAUCUUGUGUCACUUCCUCCCACAAGCCCUUCCUGACCCACAUAGUGGAAGCAGUCUUUGUUUGGUCAGAAUCCCCACCACUUUAACCUGCACGGUGGAUAAUCUACACCUCACUUCCCAUCCUUUUUUGCCCCGCAUUUAGGUCACUUUUCCCUUCAAACUCCUAGGUCUCUUGAGUGCAAAGUCCAUGUCUUUUUAAUACUUGAAUCCUUGGCAAGGAGUCACACCUGCAUGGA